AUCUCCUUCAAGGCAGUGAGCUCUUUUGAUCCUGAGCUGGAUCUGUCCAACCAGAGUGGGAAGGUCCUGAACCACGUCAACGAAAGCAGCCACAUCUUCCUGGGUCUCUACCCGGGAUCGACCUACUCCUUCACCCUCAGAGCCUCCACCGCCAAGGGCUAUGGCCCCCCAGUCAUCACACAGUUCACCACCAAGAUAUCAGCUCCCUCGAUGCCAGCCUAUGACCAGGAGACAUCUCUGAACCAGACAGACAGCACAGUGACUGUCCUGCUGAAACCUGCACAGAGCCGAGGGGCACCUGUCAGUGUAUACCAGGUGGUGGUAGAAGAGGAGAGGCCUCGGAGGGCGAGGAGGGGAGCGGUUGAGAUUCUCCGCUGUUACCCUGUCCCCAUCCACUUCCAGAACUCCACCGUCCUGAACUCUGGGUAUUACUUCACAGCUGAGUUCCCCGCCGUAGGGCUACAGGCUCCUCAACCCUUCACUGUGGGAGACAACAAGACCUACGGUGGAUACUGGAAUGCCCCCCUACUGCCCCAGAAGAGCUACAGCAUCUACUACCAGGCGGUCAGCACUGCUAACGGG